AUGGACAAUCCGGUGAGUUGUGGUCUGGGUGCCAAGAGAAGUGUCAGGGAAGGAACAACCGAUGGCUCUGGUUCCUUCCAAAUUAAGAGCCGAUAAGGAUAACAAAACUCGAGGACAACCUCCAACCAUCCAUCCGCGUCGUUUCCACAUCCAAAGGCUUGAAUUGUCCCCUGGCGGCCUACAAAGUCCUGCCUUUGCUCUAAACUGCGCCCAAAAUGGCAGACACAAUGGCUAGCAUAGCGCUCCCUCAACGACCAAUAAUCCCAAUCAAGAAAGCACAUCGGAAACGCAAAAGCGACCAGGAUAAUGCACAGACUGGCCAGCACGAGCAGACGGGGCCAGCUCAAGAUGAAACUUCUGACGGCUGGUGGACAGAGAUUAUACACCAGCACCACACCCUCCUUACAUCGCAUUCACGCAUCCUCUCCGCGAUCCUCAAGACCUCACCGCCUGCCUCGGCGCGGCACGACACAAUCUCUAAAUUCUUGGCAAAUACGAAGGAGAUGCUAGGGCAAGUAGGCGGCUUGGAAAACAACACGAAGCGGCGCCGCAGCGGCGGGUCGGAGGUCUUGACGGAGCCUGGCGCGAAACGGAGGAAUGCAGCGGAAGAGGAGGAGGCGGAGCUGUUGAGCCCGAGCCCGAGCCCCAGUGGAGAGGAGCGCGGGACUGCAUCGCAUGCUCUGCCGGUACAAGGAGGGAAGAAGAUGAGGGUGGAGCGGGUGGAGCCUCCGAAGGAGGUGGAGGUGGAGGUUGAUGAUCUUCGUGCGGAAGUGGAGGCGCGGCUGAAAGUGAAGGAGAGGGAGAAGUUGAAGAUGAAAGAGGGGAGUAAGAAGAGGAGGAGGAGGAGUAGCACGCUCGAGGCGGAUGAGAGGAAGAGGGAGAAGAGGGUUAAGAGGGAGAGUUUUGGGAAGAAGAGGGGGUCGCCUGAGGCGGAGGUGGAGGGGAAGGAAGACAGGAAGAGACGCAGGAGGGUUACGUGAAAUUAAUGUUGGUCGAGGAAGUGGGCGCGAGUUAUACCCUGGCUUCAAUGUCUGUAUAUAAUCGCAUAGGAAGUGUAUGAGUGAUUGAUACCAAGAGAAGGGUAUAUCCCGUACUGUACACAUUACUACAAGCUCUGCCAGAUAAUCCUAUCGCGAG